AGCGGGGAGCACGGCGCGGCACAUCACAGCACGGCUCGGCACAGCACGGCUCGCCUCGGCUCCGCUCUCCCGCCAUGGCAUCCAAGUGCCCCAAGUGCGACAAGACCGUGUACUUCGCCGAGAAGGUUUCCUCCCUGGGCAAGGACUGGCACAAGUUCUGCCUCAAGUGUGAGCGCUGCAACAAGACCCUGACCCCGGGCGGGCACGCUGAGCACGACGGGAAGCCCUUCUGCCACAAGCCCUGUUACGCCACGCUGUUCGGCCCCAAAGGGGUGAACAUCGGUGGUGCUGGCUCGUACAUCUACGACAAGCCGCAGAUCGAGGGGCAGACUGCUCCGGGACCCAUCGAGCACCCCGUGAAGGUGGAGGAGAGGAAGGUCAAUGCUGCCCCUCCCAAGGGACCCAGCAAAGCCUCCAGUGUCACCACCUUCACUGGGGAGCCCAACAUGUGCCCACGCUGUGGCAAGAGAGUCUACUUUGCUGAGAAGGUGACCUCGCUGGGGAAGGACUGGCACCGUCCCUGCCUACGCUGUGAGCGCUGCAGCAAGACGCUGACCCCGGGGGGGCACGCCGAGCACGAUGGACAGCCGUACUGCCACAAGCCCUGCUACGGGAUCCUCUUCGGGCCAAAGGGUGUCAACACCGGAGCUGUGGGAAGCUACAUCUACGACAAAGACCCCGAGGCGAAGAACCAGCCCUAGGCAGCGUCCCCGCCCGCCKGCCCGCACGCUCUGUGCCCCUCCUGUACUAACCUCCUGCUCCCAGCCGGGGCAGACCCUCACCAGGCUGGCCACGGAGCUGUGCCCUCUCUGCUGUCUCUACUCCGGGCAGGACAGCCCUGCCCCUGGKUUCUAUAUCAUAGUCUCUAAUAUAAGCUUCAGUGUUUAAAGGCAAAGGUAGAAGGUAUCUCUGGUGGUUCCCAAUGCGCUCUGCCCUCCCCAGCCCUUCCAUCAGCCCCCCGAGYRUGGG